GAAAUGACGCACGAAGAAAUUUCCGGGGCUGGUCCAGACCUAAAGUGUACACGAGUACCUUUUCCUAUAUUUUGACUUCAGACACUCAGUUUUACCUGAUUUCUGUAUGUUGUCAUCUUGUGUACGCUUGGUCCCCGCAACAGUCCGGCUUGUCCAGUCUGGUAUCUGCAGUUCUUCUCGUUCCUUCAUGGAUUUGAAGGUUCUUCUUUCCUCCUUGAAUGACUUUGCAUCCCUGUCAUUUGCUGAGAGUUGGGACAAUGUUGGAUUACUGGUGGAACCAAGUCCACCACAUACUGUAAACAUUCUCUUCCUGACCAAUGACUUGACUGAAGAGGUAAUGGAGGAGGCUCUGCAGAAGAAGGCAGAUCUCAUCCUCUCCUACCAUCCACCUAUCUUCCGACCCUUGAAGCGGGUAACCUGGAAAGGCUGGAAGGAACGCCUGGUGAUCCGGGCUCUAGAGAAUAGAGUUGGCAUCUAUUCUCCUCACACAGCUUAUGAUGCUGCACCCCAGGGAGUCAACAACUGGUUGGCCAAAGGGCUUGGAGCUUGUACCUCCAAUCCCAUACAUCCUUCCAAAGCUCCCAGCUACCCUACAGAGGGAACUCACCGAAUAGAAUUCAGUGUUAAGCACACCCAAGACCUGGAAAAAGUCAUGUCUGCAGUGAAAGGAAUUGGAAAUGUUUCUGUCACUUCUUUUUCUGUUAGGAUUGAUAAUGAAGAACAAACAUGUAUCAGUCUGAAUUGUACUCAGAAGACUUUGAUGCAGGUGGUGGCUUUUCUGUCCCAGAACGGACAACUUUAUCAAAAGACUGAAAUUCUGUCAUUGGAGAAGCCUUUGCUUCUACAUACUGGAAUGGGGCGGUUAUGCACACUGGAUGAAUCUGUCUCCCUGGCAACCAUUAUUGAGCGUAUUAAAAGACAUCUAAAGCUGUCUCAUCUUCGCUUAGCUCUUGGUGUAGGGAGUACUUUAGAGUCCCAAAUCAAAGUCGUGGCCCUGUGUGCUGGCUCUGGGAGCAGCGUUCUGCAGGGAGUGGAGGCUGACCUUUACCUCACAGGCGAAAUGUCCCAUCAUGAUGUUUUGGAUGCUACCUCCCAAGGAAUAAAUGUCAUCCUUUGUGAACACAGCAACACUGAACGAGGCUUUCUUUCUGAACUUCAAGAUAUGCUGCGUGCUCACUUGGAGAAUAAGAUUGAUAUUAUCUUGUCAGAGAUAGACAGGGACCCUCUUCAUGUUGUUUAACAUGUACAGGAACAUAAGGAUGACACAAUCUAAAAAUCAUUUGGAUCAAAACUCAAAUGUGUAAUGAGUUAAUGGUGUUGGGAUCCUUCCAGAGGAGAGUCUUAGAAUGUGUUAUCAUCUUCGGUUUGUUAAUCUGGCUCACCAAAUGUUUUAUAGCUUGUAAGGUAAAAAAUGAAAUAUAUAUAACAUAUUAAAGAACAAAUCUUCAUUAUAAACUCUAGAAAAAAUUUACUAAAUUAUGUUUACUUAACAUUCUUGGGAAGUAGCUCAAAUAAUUGUCUUGUAAACUCUAGAUGGGAUAUGCCACUUUAGACAUCUCUGCCUUUGCAUUAAAAAUGUACUUUAAAGAUUUUUGUAAAUAUCACCAUCCCCACACCAAUGGGUUGCUGUCUCUCCCUCUGGUGAGAGUCCUCAUUCUUCCUCGAGUGUGUAUUCCUUGCUGCACUCCAGAGACAUCACAUUGCCCCUACUCUUCCUUAAAUGUGUCUCCUGGUCAUGUACUGCUGCAAGGACAAGCUCUGCAGAGGCGGACAUGAAGCGCUGGCGCAGCUUGCCUAGAGCUACUGCGGCUCAAGGUUACGGCGCAGCUUGUGCAAAUAGGAGAGGAAAGGCAUAAAGAAAUAUGAAAAUAUUUUCCAAAUAAAAAGAAAAUGUUGAAACAAAAAAUAUGUAUCUACUUUCUUAAAUAAACCACUGUUUAUGCUUUUGAAAAAAUAUAUACAUGUGCUUUAAAAACGGGUUUGAACAUUUAUCUCUAGGAAGCAGCCACUUUGGUGAUAAGGCUUAUUUAUAUGUCCCUGUUCCUAGAUCCACAUAGAUCUCCCAAAUGAAUUUCAGAAUCAGGAUUUGUUACUCUUUUUUUUUUUUUUUUUAAAUUAUGAACAUUUUCCAUAGUUGAAUUUACUGCUUUUUAGGUGAUUUAUGUGUAAUUUUAUUAGUAGUACACAAUAAUGCUUGUCUUUUAAAAUAAUAUUAGUGAUUAUACAGUAUUGAUUUUGUUGAUUUUGUGGCAGGUGCUCUGCUGAGUCCUUUGUGUCUACAUUAACUUUCAAUUCUUAUAAAGAAGCAUAUAGGUAUUAUACUCAUUUUAAAGUUGAGGAAACUAAAACAGGUUAAGUAAUUUUCCCAAGGCUGCUUAGCUAGGAAAUGAUGGAGUUAAUACAGGCAGUUUGCACCAGAGCUUCUGUGCUUAAUCACUUCUUAAACACAUUUACAAUGAAAUUGAUAUAAGAAGCCUGGAAGAAAUCCAUUUUUGCUGUGAUUUUUCUUUGGAUAGUAUGUUAAAAAGUAUUUACAAUUUCUCUUCUGAGUGAGCAUGUUGCUUUGAUAAUGAUAAAAGCAAAUUUUUUAAAGUACUGUCCACAAUAUUGGAUU